AUGCCCACAGACCACGAUGCACAGGAUGGUGUUGAAAAGGAAGAGCCCCCCAGCCUUGAUGACUCCUCCACAGAAGCAGCUGGUUGCCCUCCCGCAGAAGACAAAGCCAUCCCACCUCCAGACGUUGGCUUUCGGGCAUACCUGCAGAUCCUCGGUGGCUUCUUUCUCAUGUUCAACACCUGGGGCAUUGUCCUAACUUACGGAACAUUCCAGUCCUACUACGAGUCCUCACCCGCCUCCCCCUUGCACGCCUCCCCCUCGACCACCGCCUGGAUCGGCAGUCUGCAAGCUUUCCUGCUGCUGUUCGGCGGCGGCCUGUGCGGCCGUCUCUUCGACGCCGGCUACCUGCGCUCCCUCAUCUGCUGUGGCACCUCCCUCAUGGUCUUCGGCCUCAUGAUGGCCAGCCUCGCGCGCACCUACUGGCACGCCCUGCUCAGCCAGGGCCUCUGCGUCGGCCUGGGCAUGGGCUGUCUGCUCGUACCCAGCGUGGGCACGGCGAGUACGUGGUUCGUGCGCCGGCGCGGCCUGGCGGUCGGGAUCGUCACGAGCGGGAGCGCGGUGGGCGGUGUGGUGCUGCCCAUCAUGUGCCAGCGGCUGUUGCUGCGGGUGGGAUUUGGCUGGACAUUGCGGGUGCUGGGGUUCGUGGCGCUGGGGACAUUGAGUGUGAGUGCGAUAGUGAUGAAACAGCGCUUGCCGCCCCGAAGGCGCGGCGAGGUGUUUGCGUUUCGGGCGCUGGGCGAGGCGCCAUUCGCCCUGUACUGUGCGGGCAUGUUGGUGUCGAUGCUGGGAUUUUAUGUGUUUUUGCAAUUUGUGCAGAGUUGGGCGGAGACCACUCAGGUGUCCUCAUUCUCCCCGAUCUAUUACCUUCCCAUCGUCAACGCCGCGUCUGUGUUUGGCCGAACGCUGCCGAACCUACUGUCCGACCACGUCGGUCCCCUGAAUGUGCAGAUACCAUGUGGACUGGUCUCGGCAGUCCUCAUAUAUGGAUGGCUGGGCGUCCACUCACUCGGCUCUCUACUCACCAUCGCCGUACUCUAUGGCUUCUUCUCGGGUGGCCUUCUGGCCUUACCACCGGCCUCGGUAGCAAGCCUAACGCCGGACCUUAGUCAUUUCGGUGCGCGAAUGGGUAAGGACUACAUUCGAGUUGAAACAUAG